AUGAGCGGCUACCCAGCGGGCGCGACGCCCGGCACAACAAUGCACUUCGAGCCGCCCCCGCCAGAACAAAGCAAAAGUGACAAGCUAACCUUCAUGUUCUUCACCGGUCUCCGCUUCCUCCAAUUCAUCUUCGGUCUAACCGUCAUCGGCCUGUACGGCAGAGACGUCCACCACGACCACUCAGAGAACCACACCUGGCACUCGAAAUGGGUGUACGCGCUCGUCACGGGCUUCUUCGCAACCGGAACCGCAGCAGUCCAUCUCAUCCUGCCGUUCAUCAUGCGUAAAGCUAAACUCGGCGCUGGACUUGGACCUGCACUGCUGCUGCCGCAGUUUGCGUGGGAGUUUGUUGUUACCGUGCUGUGGUUGACGCUGUUUGGCAUCUUUGGGAAGAUGUAUAUUGGAGUUCAUCCCUCGGAGAGCUCGAGCUCGAGUUCGAGUUCGAAAACUGAUACUACGACUUCUGCGCUUGGUGAUGCGUCGAAGAUUAAUCGGAUGCGGCAUGCUGUUUGGAUUGAUAUUAUUAAUUUGGUGUUCUGGGUUAUGACUGCUUCUUGGGUUUUGGUGCGCUGGUUGAAGAGUCGCAGGUCGACUGCUUCUGGGGGUGCGAUUGAUGCUGAGAAGGGUGAACAGAUUUAG